UAUGGGCGCGGCAAGAGUACGAGUAGAUAAGAUCUAUGGGAGAACAAACGGUGGAUAAUGAGGCUUGUCGAUCUAUCUGCAUAUAUUUUUGUAGCUGUGCUAGGUUUUCCCCAAAAAGGCACAGAUGCUGUGAGCAGUUUAGAAGUCAGUAGCGAUGGUGGCACUGUGAUUGAUGGGUUCCUUCAAGUGUGUCCAAACACUACCGUCAGCCUCACUUGUUCUCAUGACAGUCCUGACGACCUGUCUCGUUGGAGAGUCGCUCCUCGUCUACCAAGAGACUGCAAUACUGUUAUCACCCACACAGCCUCCCCAAAUAGCGCAGGUGUAUGUGGACCAUUCAUUGUUAGUAUGAUCAGUCCCCACAAUGAGCCAACAAGGAUGUCCAUGCACUCUUGAGUUGGUAGUCACUGAGUCACUAAAUGGUUCUGUGGUGACUUGUUUUGCUGGUGGUUCUACGUCUGAUCCUCAAGUCGGGAACUUCACUAUAAUUACUGCAGGUAAGAAUAGUUUCAGCACUGUAAUUGAAAUUUACUCAGUGGUUGACCAGUUAACUGGACAAGUUACGCUUUUGGUUAGCAAUAGCGAAAUGUUUGGGACAGCGAUAACAUUUUAUGGCAGUGUGGUUGGAGGCAGUGAGUGGUUCAGUGGAAGUGACUGACAACAACAUCGUUGUGACUGGACUGAGCUACACCGGGUUUCACACUGUCUGUGUAGUGGCUGCCAGUGCUGUGUGUCCUGGAGUACUGAACAGCAGCAUUGAUGUUUCUGUGAUGUUCAACAUAAGAACUCCUGUAUAUACUAACUUAACCCACUGGAUUCGUUGACUGUUCCAAUCCAUCACUGUCUAUCAGGGGAUCAUGGAGUUUGGUGGAGGGAGUUCAGAGCAGCAAUGACCCAGCAGUUCAGUUUGACACCUCCCUUAAAUGUUGUACCAACCAUAACCUACACUUCAGCUGGGGGUAUCAGUGGUAGUGCAGUGUUUAUCUCUGGUUCAUCCUACCAGCUCACAGACACAGUGGAGAAUGAUGUGUACACGUUAACUGUGACCGUCACUAAUGUGGCUGGAUCAAGCAGUGAAAUGUCUGCUGAAAUUGAAGAUAGAGCACUUGUCAUUGAUGACAGUACGUUGGGAGCAAUGAAUUGCCUCACAUUCUAUCUUGGUAAAAACUGUACCUCUGAGCAAAGUGGGGACUUUCGUAUCCAGUUUGAACAAGGAUUUGGAUGUCGAGAGUUGCGUCCAUUGGAUUUCAGCACCUCCAACAUACAACUGACGUCACAGUUGACUUGUGUACCUGUCACGUCAUCCACUGAUCUGUGCUAUCGUGCAAAUCUUGUGUAUGAUGGAACCAUAGUUGACACUCAGAGCAAUCUUAACUUUAGCACAUGCCCUGUGAGUGCCCUCUUGUUAUUCGUGGGCAGUGGAGUGUCCUACCAGCUUGACGGAGUCGUUACUGCUAGCAGCGUGUCUCACCUUAGAAUUACGACUGCUACUCUGAGCUGUACUUCAGUUAUCUAUGAUUUGUCUGGUUCAUAUCAACUCACUUGCAUUGAUGGAAAUGUUGAAACAGCUGGAUUGAGAUCUUGCGUUUGAUUCGAUGUUCUACAGUUUCUGUUUGGCUGAUUGUGGUGAUCAUUCUGAUGAUACUAGCACCGGCUAGCGUAAUGGGAAUUGUUUGUGGAUGCUUUUUUGGCUGAUAUUCUCCUUGUUUUCAUGUUUGGUUUUGGUGUGGGGGUGCUCUUUUACAUGUGUUAUUGCAAACGAGAUUUGAAUUAAUUGUAAGUCAAACCCAAGAGAUACUGAAAAGCUCAAGCGUGAUAUAUCAUCUUCCCCUCCUGCCGACUCCCUCUAUGCUGACCUAAACUCUAUUGAGCACCAGACAGCCCCAGGAAAUUAUGCCCUUGUCAAUGUAUAUACCAAGAAACCAAAGCCAGCUUCAAGAGAGGCUCUUCAUCAGCUGACCUAUGCCAGAGAGUGGUCGACAGGCGGCCCACCAACGACCCAGGGAAUAUCCAGUGGAGGAGUCCAGCGUGGAUCAUAUAGCAAUACUAAGCUGCUUACAGAACAACGGAGAAGAAAAUAGUAGACUAAACACAUUAGUAAGAAGGAGCUUGGGGAGCCGCACAUCACCACACCACUGUACUGCAUGCAUGUGUACUAUAAAACUGGAUUAUGUAUAUGCAUGCACAGAACUUCAUUAUGGCUGCGUGUUCGGUGUGUGCCAAAAAUGUGCUCACAGGCUCCUUCUUACUAAUGUGUUUAGUCUACUAUUUUUACACGCAUGUGACACUAUAUAAUGUUAUAUUUUU